AUGGCUCCCAUAUCGACUUCUCUUCUCGCCACCUUCUCCCUUCUGGCCUCGCUCGCCCUGGGGGCCCCCGCGCCGGCGCCGGCCCCGGUCCGAGCACCUCUCCAGGGCCUCGGUGUGCCUAUCAUGAAUCCUGAUGCCAAGAACAUCAUCCCAAACAAGUACGUCGUCGUCUACAACGAUACCUUCGACGACGACGCCAUUGCCACGCACGAGGCCUACUGGGUCGAGACCAUCGCCAAGCGCAACAUCGGCAAGCGCUCCCCCAUCGACAACCGCAUGCUCAGCAUGACAGUUCACACGUUCAGCAUCGGCAGCAUGAGGGCCAUGUGCCUCGAGGCAGACGACGCCUCCGCACUCGAGAUCAACAACGCCGACGAGGUUUCCUAUAUCGAGGCCGACGCCUACGUCCACCUCAACGCACUCGUCACCCAGCAAAAUGCCACCACCGGCCUGGCCCGCCUGUCGUCUGCACAGGCCGGGGGAACCACUUACACCUUUGACGACUCGGCCGGGCAGGGCAUCACCGCCUUCAUCGUCGACACGGGCAUCAUGGAGGAGCACGAGGAAUUCGAGGGCCGGGCUACUUUUGCCUUCAACAGUGCCGACAAUAUCAACACUGACGCUAACGGCCACGGCUCUCAUGUCGCUGGCACCAUCGGCGGCAAGACCUUUGGUGUGGCUAAGAAGGCCACUCUGGUUGGCGUCAAGGUCCUGGAUGCUCAGGGAGCCGGCACCAACUCGGGUGUCAUCGCGGGAAUGAAUUUUGUGGCCCAGACAGCCAAGGCCAACGGGCUCUCGGGCAAGUCGGUCAUGAACAUGUCACUCGGUGGCGGGCGCUCCAACGCUGUCAACCAGGCCAUCAACGCCCUCCGUGCAGCAGGCGUCGUCCCUGUCGUGGCCGCCGGCAACGAGAACGUCGACGCCCAGAACGACAGUCCCGCUUCCGCCCGCGGCGCCAUCACGGUCGGCGCGAUCGACCAGACCACGGACCGCCGCGCCUCAUUCAGCAACUUCGGCCAGUUCGUCGACGUCUUUGCGCCCGGUGUCGACGUCGAGAGCGUCGGUAUCCAGUCCACCACCUCCACCGAGACCUUGAGCGGGACGAGCAUGGCGAGCCCUCACGUUGCUGGCCUUGCCGCCUACCUGAUGGCCAAGGAGAACAUCACGAACAUAGAUGCCGUUGCCACCCGCAUCACCGACCUUGCCGGUGCGACCCAGGCCCGUGUCUUGGGGAACGUGAGGGGGACGACACCCCUGAUUGCGAACAACGGGGCCAUUUAA